CACUAAAUGAAACCACGGCUUUAUGAUUCUGAGCCUGGCAAGCGUAUCUAAACUUCUCGUGCGCUGCACUAAAUAAUUAAGAAGAUUUUAAAAUCAUAGACUGACGUUACCAUGCAGAUAUCAACAACAAUUUUGAGCAUGACAUUAGCAAUUCCUUGAUCGUGCAUUGAUUUAUUUACUAUUUAAUUCGUCUACAGGUACAUUGAUCUAAACCGCAAUGCCUAAAUCCUACAGAUCUAGAACAUCGAGCUAUGACGAGUCAGUUGUUAACAGUUACAUUUUUUCGGACGAUAACAAAUCCUCGCAAAAGACUGUCUUGUAUCAAGAGCUCAGACUAAUUGAACGAAAUGAGAGCGAAAUCAAUGUGUGCUGGAAAGGGGCUCACAUGAUGCUAUUUUUCAUGUCAUUCGUCUUCGGGUCCGUCUGCACAUGCUGCAUUCACAGACUAAGGUUUAUGUUUGGUGAAAAAUGCGUGCUCUACCCUAAGAUAGUAACCCAUUCCACUAUACACCGAAUGGUACAUGAGUUCUUCUCUUUCAAGACCGAAAUACAAGAUUUUGCACCAGUGGAAUUUGUGACCACCCAGUGGGCCGAAAACAGUGUAUGCUACCUGCCGACAUACGUGCCCCUGGUGUCCGGGUUGGCCGGCUUGGUGUGGACCACCAUGUUUCUCAUGUGCUCUUCGGGCACAUCACAUAACGUCACUGGCGCGCAAAGACAUUGGCGUGCGCUACCCAUCAUGUUCCUAUUCUGCGCCACCAUGUCGGGGCUGUGCCUUUAUGCGUCGACGAUUACCCACAGGGGUCUACGGGAUCUAUGCUCGAAAUUGGCCGAUGCCACUGGUUCCCCAAAGUGCGGUUUCACUAUAAACGUGGCCACGCUAGCGUACAGCCGACGCAUCCGCGGCGUGUACCAAGCAACGGUACUGAGUAUCGUUUCGGCGUGGCUGCACACCGUCUGCUGGGUGCUGUCGACGCUGCUCAUCGUGGCGCGUGUGCUACUCGCCGUCGACUUCACUCUGGUGCACGUCCGGGCGCAGCUCGUCGGCAACUUGGACGAUAUAUUGGUAACUUUUCUAGCAAGUCGUGUGAACAAUAAGUCAAUAAGACUAACCUGAGAGAGGUAAAUCGGAAACAAACUUUACAUUCACACUUCACGCUAAAGUAAAUGCUGCCCUCU